CCUCCGGAGCAGCAUGGGGUGCGCUUGGCUGUAGCCCCUCUCCCGGGACCCAGAAUGCGAGAGUGGUGGAUCCAGGUGGGCCUGCUGACCGUGCCCCUCAUCGCCGUCUACCUGCACAUCCCGCCUCCCAAGUUAUCUCCGGCUCUCCACUCAUGGAGGUCCUCGGGAAAGUAUUUCACUUACAAGAAACAGAACAUCUUCUACAGGGACUCCUCAGGGGCCGUCGGCAGCUCCGACAUCGUGGUCCUCUUGCACGGCUUUCCCACCUCCAGUUACGACUGGUACAAGAUCUGGGAAGGGCUGACCGAGCGAUUUCACAGAGUGAUCGCGCUAGAUUUCGUCGGCUUCGGCUUCAGUGACAAACCGAGGCCGCAUCGAUACUCCAUCUUUGAGCAAGCCAGCAUCGUGGAAAGGCUGCUGAACCACUUGGGCCUCCAGAACCAGCGGGUCAACCUUCUGUCCCACGACUACGGGGACACCGUGGCCCAAGAACUGCUUCACAGGUACGAGCAGAACAAAACGGGGAGCGUCCUCAUCAACAGUCUGUGCCUGUCAAACGGAGGAAUUUUCCCGGAAACUCACUACCCCCGGUUCAUCCAGAAGAUUCUCAAAGACGGCGGCCUUCUAACCCCCAUCAUCACCCGGCUAGCAAACUACUACGUCUUUGCGAGAGGGCUGGGGGCCGUCUUUGGCCCUUACACCCAGCCCUCGGAAGCGGAAUACUGGGACAUGUGGACGGCCGUCCGAACCAACGACGGAAACCUCGUAUUAGACAGUAUUUUACAGUACAUCAACCAACGGAAGCAGCACAGAGACCGCUGGGUCGGGGCCCUGAAAUCCACCUCUGUCCCUUUGCAUCUGAUUUAUGGACCGCUGGACCCUGUGAAUCCGUAUCCCGAGUUUCUUCAGCUCUACAAGAAAGUGCUUCCGACAUCGACAGUGUCCGUGCUGGAUGACCACAUCAGCCACUACCCGCAGCUGGAAGACCCGUUGGGCUUCUUGAACGCCUACUUGAGCUUCAUCAACUCGUUCUGAACCGGAGACUCUUUUUCUUUUUUUUUCCACUCAAGAGGGCUUGCGGAACGGACUCUGGGUUCCUAAACCGGCUUCUGCCUGACAACACAGACUGUUGAAACUCCUGCAUUUGGCAAGGGGGAGAACAAUCAGACCCCUUUCGGGGCGGGCCUGAUGUGGCCCGCCAGCCAGCACAACCCCUCCUCUCUGGUGGCUUCCUUCCUGGGAGGGAGAAACCAAAUGGGAUCCUCUCCCCCUCCCGGAGGAGUCGCCCUCCGGUUCACGCCUUUGCCCCUUCCUUCAGAGGGCAGACAGGACGCACCACCUGUGUCAGAGAGCGCACGGACCUGUUUCCGAUGCAUCGUCCCCCAGUUUCCUUCCUACCGCGAGGGCCAGUGAGAAAGCUCUUCUCCCAGGGGAGGAGAACCUGGACUAACCGAGCAGGGACUUUCCACCUCUUUUGCAGACUUGACCUCUGUUUCUUCUCCCGAGUUGUUUUAAGGGGCAGCGGAGAAGAGGAAGGUGUUAUAAGCUGAGAGGGGCAGACAGGCACGUGGGGCAGGCUGCCCCCCCAACCUCCCCCCCAACCCUGCUAGUAUUGAGGAUGUGCCAAGGCUAGCUGAAGCUAGAACGGGAGGCAGGAGAAAAAAGAUGUCCCCCUCCCCCAUGGGAGGGGAAGUCCACAACUAAAGUAAAAUGUGCUCUUCUUCAUUCAAGCGUAU